GAUUACAUGGGAAUGACUCGGUUUGACGGGAGGCGCAGAGUUCAUAUCGUGACAGUGCCCUCCCCUAAGAUCUCCGUCCUCCGUGUUUUAAAGACGAGCAGUGGGUGGUUAUGACGCGCAAACGCGUUCUAAAGGGAUAAGUGGAUGAUGAAACUGAGAUAAAAGAAGAGAUAUUUUAUCUCGCACAUCAUUUCAGAUAUUUCUCCCGCGCCGCAUUCCGGUGGGUUUCCCUCCACUCUAUGAGAAGAUUCGAUCUAAAAAGUUAAAUUUUUUAACAGGGACAACUACGCUAGACACGUCUCUAUGCAACAACGGCGACUCUCAACACUAUGGAAUGAUUCUUUAAGCGCAGAUGGCAGCUGUUACUACUAAACGAAGAACAUUUAAGUAGCCUAUUUGGACCAACAUUUUGGAGGAUGAGGGGAGACACACGAACAACAUACCUGGAGUAACUUGUGCAGUUUGGAGGAGAUUCCCCCCUUUUCACAAUUGACCUUGGAGUCUGGAGUUCAUCUUGAUCAUUGUCAUUUCAAAGAGAUUCAUUGCACUCUACUGUCGACUUUUUCCUGUAUCGAAAUCAUAUUUUGGAUCUGCGUUUAUCCGAGAUGGAGUUACUUCUGCUGUUCCGUUUAAUAAGUUUCCCUCUGGCAAUGCGCUUGAAUGUUGGCAGUGCCGCAGGGUCAUCACUUAACUCUGUCAGCCCGCUGGCGUCUGGGAGGAACAUUGGGAGGCACUCCACCGAAUGUCACCAUAUGCUGAAACAUCUUUAUAGCGGGGCGCAGGUCACUGUGCACAUGCCGCCAAAUAUCACCGGACAGUGGGUCUCAUCUAGCUGUGAGGUGAGGCCGGGGCCCGAAUUUCUCACCAGGUCUUACCGAUUCUAUGAAAACCACACCUUCAGUGCUCUGCAGUUCUACAAUCGAGACAAUCAAUGCACCGAGCCCACAUACUCCCUCCUCGUCCAGGGGAGUGUACAUGUGCAACAGUCCUCCUGGGCCAUCCGCGGAGGAACGGAGGCGGACUACCAGCUCCAUCGCGUCGCGCUGGUGAGCCACACUGCUGAGGCAGCAAGAGACCUCAGCGCGAAGCUGAGCCGGGAUUGCGGGUUCGAUGAAGCUUUGAAGCCGGAAGAGAGCUACGAGCUGUGGGACCCGGCAACGGGACGUGACUGCACGGGGCCUCUGGGCUUCAGCAUGCAAGAGCUGCUGCUGCUCCGCGUGGAGAGGCACUAUCGCCACGGUGACCCCGACAGCCAGACGAAGGAACUGCUCCUAGGAGACUUGCACACCGACGUCUCCCGGAGGAGAGUCCACAAGCCCUCAAGCUAUCAGCCCCCGCUCCUAAGCAUCAAGCACGGUCACGAUCACUCCUGCAUCGUUUGCCGGAUCAUCUCCCGGGGGAGUCUCCAGCAGCCUCCCUCCCUGCCCCCACAGGCCGACUCCCCGGUCAGAGUCCAGGGCCACUGGGUGAGUCAGCGCUGCGAGGUCCGCCCCGGUGUCCUCUUCCUCACCCGCCACUUUGUUUUCAACAAGGAUGGACGCACCUGGGAGGGACACUACUACCACUACGCUGACCCGGUCUGCAGGAUGCCCACCUUCAGCAUGCACGCCAUCGGCCACUACAGCCAAGGGCAGCCGUCGGCCAAGGUCAUGGGGGGCACUGAGUUUGUCUUCACAGUAACUCAGAUGAAGGUGACCCCCAUGGACUUGGCCACCACGUCCCUCCUCAACAUCUUCAGUGGCGACGAGUGUGGCACCGAGGGCUCGUGGCGUCUGGGCGUGGAGCAGGAUGUCACCCCCACCGCGGGCUGCGCCGCCCUGGGCAUCCGCCUGCCCCACACAGAGCACGAGCUGUUCCGCAUCGAGCGCGACCUCUCCGGCCGACGCCUGCUUUACAACGGUCAGCGGCCCACCAAUGGCUCCAGCCCCAACCAGCCCCACAAAAGGGCCACCUCCUACCAGCCUCCGCUGGUGCAGUGUGUCCUAGGCACCCAGAGAGGCGCGAGCGCUGGGAGGGAGGGUGACCAGCACUUCAGACUGGGCAACGGCUACUGCUGUGACCGCCGGUUUUGUCUCUACACUCUCAUCUGGGCCCUGACGAUUUUACAGCUAAUAUAAUCCCCACAAGACUGCAAGGUUCCAUGCUUAUUCUAGUCAUUUUGAGUGUGGAACAUCCUUGGAUGGACAGAUAAAAGAAGGGGAUGAUCUCUGAAAAAUAUUUCUUAGUUGAAGGUUUCGUAUUUUUCUGUUUUGCAAGGACCUUUCAGAAAAAAGUGGAUGCAAGGGACCUUGUCCUCCAUCUAAGACUGAAGUGGACGAUGCACAAUCAAACAAACUGCUCAGCCAUCUUUGUCGCAUAAAGCUCUAAAUGAUCAACAGACUGUCGUGAACAGAACUGGGAAUGCGUGCGCCAAGUUUAUGUGAUUUCAGCGGUCUGUGUUGGGUGUUGUUUGUCUAAGCUGUUUACAAAAGGGAUCAAAAGAAAGCUAAAAUAAACAUUUAAGUGUUACACAGAAUGCCAUGGUAUUCAAAACAGCGCAUUCGCCUAAAGCUAGCAAACCACCAAAUCUGUCAAACAAAUAUACUGACAUCAUCAAAGCUACUUGUAAAUAGUAAAUUCUGUAUCAGGCUUUAUUUGUGUAUAUACUCAGGAUAGUCAACACAUUUUAUGGUCUUCUAUGCUUGUAAUUAGAUGCCAUAUUAAACCUACUUCUAGAGACCAUAAUACAUAUGAGGAACAUUGAUGUCUGAAAAGCACACACACAGGCAACACAAAGAGAAAAGAAGACAUGUUAAAGAAUGUUAGAUAUUUUAUUUAAUCUUAUUUCAUGUUAAAUAUCAUGGGACAGGAUUGUAAAGCAUGGAGUUCUUCAGUCAACAUUUGCCUCACACAAGUCAGGAUAUUCAAUUUAUGGAAGG